AUCAAGAUCACGAUCAAAAUCAUAAUCAACAUAAAAUAAAAUUAAAAAAAUUUUGAGGCUCUGAAUUAUUUUUUUUUCUGGAUUCAAAUAACUCAGCGGCAGAUUUUGGAAAAUAAACGGUGUUCGUGGCAAAUUGUCGUUGUGCAAAAGAGCAAGAGAUAACACUGAAAACCUCCUGUGGACUCGUUGAAAUUUGAAAAGAUGUCUUCCAAAAAGUGGCGGGGAAGUUUAACUGAGAAAACAUUGUCUCCCGAAGAACAGCAUGCCAAGAUCAAUGAAAUCAGAAAAAUGAUUGGUCCAAUUGCCGAUAAGCUUCCAACUCUGUGUUCGGAUGCAUCAAUAUUGAGGUUUCUUAGAGCUCGAAACUGGAAUACAAAGAAGGCAGUGAAGAUGUUGAAAGAAACCUUGAAAUGGAGGCUUGAGUACAAGCCAGAGAAGAUCCGAUGGGAGGAUGUUGCUCAUGAAGCUGAGACAGGAAAAAUAUACAGAGCUAAUUACUUUGACAAGCUUGGGAGGACUGUUCUUGUCAUGCGACCUGGUUGUCAGAAUACAAACUCAACAAGUGGGCAGAUCAGGUACCUGGUUUAUUGUAUGGAAAAUGCCAUACUAAGCCUGAACUCAGAUCAGGAGCAGAUGGUGUGGCUAAUUGAUUUUCAAGGGUGGAAAACAUCAAGCAUAUCAAUUAAGGUGACUCGGGAAACAGCUCAUAUCCUGCAGGAUUUUUACCCCGAGAGACUGGGACUUGGAAUUCUCUAUAAUCCACCAAAAGUAUUUGAGUCUUUUUGGACGAUGGUAAAACCUUUUAUUGAGCCCAAAACCUUCAAGAAAGUGAAGUUUGUCUACUCCAACCCUGAGAGCCUGAAGAUAAUGGAAGAGUUCUUUGACCUUGACAAGUUGGAAUCAGCAUUUGGUGGGCGAAACACAGAUGGCUUUAACUACCAAGCUUAUGCUCAAAGAAUGAGGGAAGACGACAAGAAAAUUUCUGACUUGAUUAACCCUAGUUCAUCAUUUCCUUCUUUAUCAUCUGUUUUGACCGAAUCACUGCAAUCAGACUCGUUGGUUUCUGAUCAUGGUUGUGAGGCCUCUGAUGAAGUGGGUUCAUCAUCUGCUGAUGAAGCAGCUUCUUCGAACUUGGAGGAUGUUGAUGAGAAAAUACAAGGCCAGCCAUCUAGCUGCAAAGAUGUUGCAAAUGAUGAUGCCUUGAAGCAGCCAAUUAGUAAUUAAAAUUUGCACUUUUUUUUCUAUUAAAUUCCAACUUAUACGGUUACUCCUAAAUAGAAGGGUAGCAUGAAUCCAAAAUUCAGUGAUAUUUUUUAUUUUCUCA